GGUGCUGGAAGGCGGGGCCGGGGCGGGCGGCAGCGAGCGGAGCGCGGAGGCACGGCACGGCAUGGCGGCUAACACAGGCGGCAGCGGCAGCGGCGGCGGCGGGACGGCGGCGGCGCCGGCAGCGACGGGGGAGCCAGCGCACGCCGUGUCGCUGCUGCGGGGGCUGAGCGCGCUGCGAGCCGAGAGGAGCCUCCUGGACGUGACGGUAGUGGCGGGCGGCCGGGAGUUCGGGGCGCACCGCGCCGUGCUGGCCGCCGCCUCCGGCUACUUCCGCGCCAUGUUCGGCGGGGCGCUGCGGGAGGCGCGGGCCGAGCGGGUGCGGCUACACGGUGUGGAACCCGAGUGCCUGGCACGGCUCCUCGACUUCGCCUACACCGGCCGCGUGGGGGGACUGGGCCCCGACAUCGCCGAGCGCCUGCUGCGUGCUGCCGACCUGCUGCAGUUCCCCGCCGUGAAGGACGCCUGCGGUGCCUGGCUGGCACGCCAGCUGGAGCCUGCCAACGCCUUGGACAUGCAGGACUUUGCCGAGGCCUUCGCCUGCCCGGCGCUGGCAGCCGCUGCCCACCGCUUUGUGCUGCGGCACGUGGGCGAGCUGGGCGCCCAGCUGGAGCGGCUGCCGCUGCCGCGCCUCAUCUCCUACCUGCGGGACGACGGGCUCUGCGUGCCCAAGGAGGAGGCUGCCUUCCAGCUGGCACUGCGCUGGGUGCGUGCUGACCCUGCCACCCGUGCCCCGCUGCUGCCCCAGCUCCUGGCCCAUGUCCGCCUGCCCUUUGUCCGCCGCUUCUACCUGCUGGCCCACGUGGAGAGCGAGCCGCUGGUGGCCCGCUGCCCGCCCUGCUUGCGCCUCCUGCGUGAGGCCCGGGACUUCCAGGCCGCCCGCCUCGACCGCCACGACCGGGGACCCUGCGCCCGCAUGCGGCCCCGACCCUCCACUGGCCUGGCCGAGAUCCUUGUCGUCGUGGGUGGCUGCGACCGUGACUGCGACGAGCUCGUCACCGUCGACUGCUACAACCCACGCACCGGCCACUGGCGCUACCUGGCCGAGUUCCCUGAGCACCUUGGCGGGGGCUACAGCGUCGCAGCGCUGGGCAACGACAUCUACGUCACUGGCGGGUCGGACGGGUCGAGGCUCUACGACUGUGUCUGGAGGUACAACUCCAGCGUGAACGAGUGGACGGAGGUGUCCCCCAUGCUGAAAGCCAGGGAGUACCACAGCUCCACGGUGCUGGAUGGGCUGCUCUACGUCAUCGCCUCUGACAGCACCGAGCGCUACGACCACUCUCUGGACAGCUGGGAGGCCUUGCAGCCCAUGCUCUACCCCAUGGACAACUGCUCCACUACCUCCUGCCGUGGCAAGCUCUUUGCCAUCGGCUCCCUGGCUGGCAAGGAGUCCAUGGUCAUGCAGUGCUACGAUCCCGACAGUGACCUCUGGUCCCUCGUGAACUGCGGCCACCUGCCUCCCUGGUCCUUUGCCCCGAAGACUGUCACGCUCAAUGGCCUCAUGUACUUCAUAAGGGAUGACUCGGCUGAGGUGGAUGUUUACAAUCCAGCCAAGAACGAGUGGGAUAAAAUCCCGGCCAUGCUUCAGGUGCACGUCGGGGGCAGCGUGGCUGUGCUGGGCGGGAAGCUUUACGUCUCUGGGGGCUAUGACAACACCUUUGAGCUCUCGGAUGUGCUGGAAGCCUACGACCCUGAGACGCGGGCCUGGAGCAUCGUGGGCAGGCUCCCUGAGCCCAUCUUCUGGCAUGGCAGCGUCAGCAUCUUCCGUCAGUUCAUGCCAGAAACCACACAGGAGGAGGACGGCAUCACACUGGACAACACCAUCAGCCUGAGCAGGCAGGACCAGAGCCUCCACGACCAGAACCUCAACGAGCUGCGUUAGCAGCCCCAGCGCCAGGUCGCUGCCCAGAGCCAGCACUGCUUUGAGAGGGCAGAGGCCAGCCAGAGCUGGGAACUGUUCUGAUCACAGAGGGUGUAAACUCCCAGCCUUUGUGGUGCUGCUACAGAGCUGCAGCCAGCAAGGCCUCUGCUGUGGGGUCCCUCAGCACCAUGCUGCCACUUGGGAGACCCCCUGAGGUGGGCUUUGGUGGAAGCCAGGGCCUCAGACAUCCCCACAGCACCACAGCUCGCAGCCCUCAGUUGGGCACCUUUCCCUGGGGCUUCUUCACCCCGCAGCGCUUUGCUUGCCACCAAACUCGCUUCUUGUUUGGAUGGGGUCUGUCUGCUGGGGUGAUGGUCUGGACCUCACCUCCCUUCUAUGCCUUGGAGGAAGGCAGACCUCCUAUGCAUGGUUUGAGGGAGAAUGGCCUUCCAGAGAGCUGAAGGUCUGUUGGGGUGGAAGAGCAGAUUUCCUGUGGCAGGAAUCUCGCUGAGGCUGGAUUCUGCAGCUUCACCUUUCCCUUUGAACCUCAGCUCUUCCUCUGUUCUGGUGGUGUUUUAAGCUGCAGCAUUUGAACUUCUGCAGGUAUUUCUUUUCCAGCCCUCUCCAGCAGAGCGCUUCUCAUUCUAAGAAGAAAUACCCUAAUUUAUCUUUCCAUCAUGUUCUCACAGCUUGAUUGUUUCCAUUUUUGAUCUCUCUGGCUGCUGCCUCCUUUGAGGGGAAGUGAGAAGUGAGUCCCGUUCUCACCUGGCUCAAGGAGCUGCUCCUGGGGCUGGCAGCUGCAGAUGGGACUGGCAGGGCCCAACCAGCCAGAAAAAGCUGCUGGGGCUGUUUGCUGUUGGCUUUCCUGUGCUGAGGUCUCAGACAGGGAGCUGGGCUGGACCGUGGGCCCCCACGAGGUUCUGAGUGAGUUAAGCCAGCAUCGGCAAAGCCUUCUGGGGAAGGGGAAAUUCCUUGAGGCUGGUGGGGUUGCUGGUGUGUGCUGGCACUUCAGUGUGGAACCUAUUGAACUCCGGCAAAGACCUUCCUGUCCCCAAGGUACAGGAGCCCUUAGGACUUGGCUGACUGUAAAAUGCUGCUGUUUUGGUGAAGAUGUAGGAGUUUAAACCAGAGUGCUACAGAUUGAAGAUAGCUGUUCUAGGGCUGUUCUCCUUUUUGUUUGAAGUUUGCUCCUUUUUUGUUUGGUGUAAGGUUUGCCUUUGUACUCGCCCAAGUGACCUGGCACGCUGGGCUGCCUUUGCUCUGCCUGCCUUGGCUGAGGGGCUGCAGCCUGCCCUGGGAACGUUUCCUCAGCAUGCGAGCAGCUGCACUACGGGCACGGCUCGCCCAAAGCCCAGCAUCGCCCUUCAGCGAGAGCAGCUGCAGGAGCAUCUGAUCUGUGCUGGAGCUGACCCCGGAGCCGGGAGGCCCCUCCAGGUCCCUCUGCUGCUGUCAGCGACGCCUUCUGCUCGCCUGCCAGCCAGUGCCGGCAGGGCCCCGUUCUCAGCAGCCUCCUCACAGCUUUAAGAGCCUGGUUUGCCUUGCAUGCAAUUUGAUGCUGCAGGACUGGGGCAGGCUGCUUGCAAUGCUCUGGAACUGUUGACAGUGCCUUGAACCUGCCGCAGACCAUCCCGGCGCGGGGGUUGGGGGGUACCGCUCGGUGCAGCCUCUCCGGCUGUGGUGCGGCGAGGCCGAGAUGGUGCCGCAGCCCCGCAGGCUUCUGCUGAGCUCUCACUAGCGCUUGUUGCCUGCUGCCUGCCGCCCCCGCCCCGCCGAGCCCCCGCACAUCCCUAUUUAUUUUUUGUAACGUUGUGUCGGAACGUUGGGGUGCAGCUGGAGCCCUCGGAAGCAGAGGCAGCUGGCACGUACGGACAAGGGAUUUUUAUUCUCAUGGGCUGUUGUUAAACUGACUUGCAGCAGUCAAGUUAAAUAAAAGGUUAUGUAAA